GAUAAAGCGAGGCCGAGAUCUUGGCGGGAGGGAAAGAGGGAGGGGGGUCAUAUCUGGUGUUCCUCCUCUUUCUUCUGAAUGUGAUCCUGUUUUCACCCUACUUGUGUUGCGCGGCACUCUCACAGUUUUCGUGCUCCUCGACGGUGGUGGAUGGGAAUUCCCAUGUCACGUGGGAGCAGCGAAUUUACAUGUCACGUGGGGUGCCGCAUGUAGCGCGAUUCUGCAGUCGCCAUCAGAUGCAGAUCAAUACGCAGCUGCAUUGAAUGUGAACCCGGAGUGAUCCUGAGAGAAGCGACAACCCUCUCUCUGAGUGUGUGUGAGAGACUGGGUGGGCGGGCGUGCGUGUGUGUGGUUGGGUGGGCGGGCGGGUGUGUCUGUGUGGGGUGGGGGCCGGGUUUUUGAAAAGAGGAAUUGCGGGAAAAGGGGAUCAGCAAGUGAAAGAGAUUACGUCAACAAAAUGUCGACGGGGACGGUCAACGUGAUCCAUGAGAGGAUUGUCAUUCUAACAUUGCGUUGUCGUCGAGGUUGUCAGUGGGUAUGGCAUUCAUCAAAGCCGGAGAACACGAAGUUGAGUAGCCGAGUGACGGGCCAGAUGUAUCAUGCGGCCCUCAGCUGCGGAAUGGGAUACACCACGUUGACCGACUUUUGCCUUGCGCUGGGCAUGCGCGGCGUCCACAAGACGUCGUUUUACAUGUUCAGUCGUGGCAUGUAUGGCUUCAACGGUGGGUGGUGUGACGUCGCCCAGCGGACAGCUGAGAAAGAUAUGACGGAGGCCAUUGAGCGCGUGCGGAAAGAAUACUCCAACAUAACCGUUCUUCUUGACGGCCGGUAUGACUCGUCUCGUGAUGCAACGCACUGUACAGUGACAGUUAUGCAUUACGAAACCAGACUAAUACUCGGUGUCGAGACGAUCCGAAAACGCCCAGGGGAGUCAUCAUGGACAUUGGAAACCACUGCAACCCGGAAUGUCUUGAUACGUUUGCUUCGAGUGCACAACUUGCCGAUACAGGAAGUGGUCCAUGACGACAAGGCUUCAGUUUCUGCCGUUUUGCUGCGGGACCAAAAGGAUAUGUGGCACAAAGCGAAAAACUUGGCGGCUCGAUUCGAGGAACAGUUGUGUAUGGGGAGGAGGGAGCUUCCCAAAGAGGUCGAUGAUUGUGACACCUUGUCGCCUUUGGUGAAGAAGGUGAACGAAGGGAGGGUGGUGGAUAUUGUGGAGUCCUUGUGCCUAAAAUUGCUGACGGGAAAAGACCAACAGCGUGAUAUUGCCAGCAUUGCUCUGAAGAAAGUAGUCCUAGAGAUUUCUACUGGGACAGUGGCGCAGUGUGUGGUUGUUGCCCUCACUCCCAAGCUGACAGAUGGCAUCUGCGCCCCGGAAUCUUCAACGGAGGUCCAGAGCGAGUGUCUAGAUAUUCUUUGUGAUUUGCUCCAUAGGUUUGGUGUGCUCAUGGUGGCAGACCAUGAGCGAGUCCUUGCAACACUUCUGAACAAACUGGACUCUAAUUUUGCAGGUUUGCGGAAGCGCGUGACACAAUGUUUAGCAACAUUAGCGUCAAAUAUGUCAGAUGUUCUUCUUGCGAAAGCUACAUCGGCGGUAAUAACACAUCUGAAGAACAAGAGCCUGAAGUCAGAGUUCACCCGCACUAAUAUUCAAGCUGUUGGCUCGCUUUGCCGAGCUGUGGGUUACCGGUUCGGUGCUUAUUUAGGCGAGGUAGCUCCGCUGCUUAUUGGUUAUUGUCGGGAAGCAUCGGAGAAUGACGAUGAGCUUAGGGAAAACAGCCUGCAGGCGUUAGAGAGUUUCCUAUUGCGGUGCCCAAGAGAUGUGGCAGUACAUUGUGAGACAAUCCUAGAUUUAGCUCUCGAGUAUUUGAGUUACGAUCCCAACUUUACAGAUGACAUGGAUGAGGAUAAUGAGGAGGAGAUGGAGGAACUGGAUGAAGAAGAUGAGGAUAGUGGAGAUGAAUACACUGAUGAUGAGGAUGUGAGUUGGAAAGUCAGGCGAGCGGCAGCCAAGUGUUUGUCUGCUGUCAUUUGUUCUAGAGCAGAAAUGCUAUCCACUGUGUAUCAUAAGGGCCUCCCGAAAAUUAUUGAGAGGUUCCGAGAAAGGGAGGAGAAUGUCAAGAUUGACAUCUUCAACACAUUUAAUGACCUGCUUCGUCAGACUGGAAACAUCUCAAAAGGUGCUCCUGAAACCACUUCCUCAAGCCCCCUUUGUCUCCUUCAGCAAGAUGUUCCCAAAGUAGUACGCUCACUGAACAGACAACUCAGAGAAAAAUCCGUCAAGUCGAAGAUCGGAGUGUUCUGGGUACUCAAGGAGCUUGUAUCUGUUCUUCCGCAUAGUCUUGCCGACCAUGUGCCCUCUCUUGUCCCCGGGAUUGAGAGGGUUCUAAAUGAUAAGACUUCAAACUCAAAUUUGAAGAUUGAAGCAUUGGUGUUCGCUCGGAUGCUUAUGGCUUCACACCAUCCGGAAGUGUUUCAUCCGCACAUCAAGCCACCGCAAUUCGAAUUUGCACCUUUUGUUCAUCCACUCUACACUGUUGUCUUGAAGCGGUUGAUGGCGCAGGACCAAGAUCAGGAGGUCAAGGAAUGUGCAAUUUCAUGCAUGGGGAUAGUCGUCUCCAUGCUCGGGGACCACCUCCGCGGCGAUCUGGCAACGUGCCUCCCAAUCUUGCUGGACAGAUUGCGAAAUGAGAUUACAAGACUCACAGCCGUGAAGGCAUUUGCAGUUAUCGCAGAGUCUCCGCUGGGCAUUGACUUGUCAAUUGUCCUGGAACCUGUUGUGACGGAGCUUACCACAUUCCUGCGAAAGGCGAAUCGCGCUUUGCGACAGGCAUCCCUGUUUACUCUCAAUUCACUCGUGAGGGCAUAUGGAAGCCGUAUAAGCGGAAAGAAUUACGAUGCCAUCAUCACGGAGCUCUCAUCUUUGAUCAGUGAGUCAGAUCUUCACAUGUCUGCUCUGGCCUUAGAACUCUGUCGCACAAUGGUGUUGGACAAAAAGCGGAAGACAGCAGGUACAACAGAGAGAGAGAAGGUUCUACCACAAGCACUGGAACUUGUCAGAAGCUCUCUUUUGCAAGGCCAAGCACUUGAGACAUUGCAGUCAUUCUUUGCCGCUCUCGUUCAGGCUGAAAUUUGCAAUUUUGAGAGCCUUUUAAGUGCUCUAAUGGCUGCGACAAAAAGUGGUCCUGGAGGUGCUUCUGUCAGUAAACAGGCGUAUCAUUCUAUUGCCCGAUGUUCGGCUGUUCUCUGCCUCACAACUGGGCGUUCGAAGUGUUCCCAAACAGUUUCCAUGUUGAUAAAUAAUUUGAAGGCUGGGACGGGUAGUGAUUCGGUGAUUGCACAAUCACUGGAUAGCUUAGGGAACAUCGAGCUGGCGCAGGCAGAGGUCGACAAAGUGCUGAGAUUAUUAUUCGCACACUGCGAGAGCGAGGAGGAAGGUGUGCGGAAUGUCGUUGCCGAAUGUUUAGGGAAGUUGGCCCUCAUUUUGCCAUCGAAGAUUGUACCUGCCUUGAAGGAACGGACAGCUAGCCCUUCUGCUUUUACGAAGGCCACUGUUGUCACUGCCAUCAAAUUCACUUCCGUUGAACGACCUCAGCCAAUUGACGAACACAUCAAGCCGUGCAUUGAUGCCUUCCUGAAUUUGAUCAAAGAUGAGGACAGGCAUGUACGAAGGGCAGCGGUGUCGGCACUGAGCACUGCUGCACACAACAAACCGAGUUUGAUUGCUGAUUUACUUCCUUCACUGCUGCCUCUGCUCUAUGACCAGACAGAAGUUAAGAAAGAGCUGAUGCGGGAGGUUGACUUGGGCCCGUUUAAGCACAAGGUGGAUGAUGGGCUUGAGCUGAGGAAAGCAGCCUUUGAGUGCGUUGAUACGCUCAUCGACACGUGUCUGGACAAGAUCGAUCCGUCGCAGUUCAUUACUCCCUACCUCCUGAACGGGUUGCAAGAUCCCUAUGAAGUCGACGUGAAGAUGCCUUGUCAUUUGAUUCUCUCCAAGCUUGCAGAGCGUUGCGGGCCAGCCGUUCUCGCAGUACUGGACGAGCUAGUUGAGCCCUUGGAGAAGACUGUGACAAAGAAGCCGAAGAAAGAGGCUGUGAAGCAAGAAGUGGACAGGAACGAGGACAUGAUUCGGAGCGCCCUCAGAGCUGUGAACUCCUUGUCGCGAAUCAAUAAUGUUGAAACUUGUGCAAGGUUCAAGCUGUUCAUGACGAGCGUUGUCAAGGCACCUCCUCUUCUUGAGAGGUACAAUGCAGUCCGGCAAGAGACGGACACCAUCAUCAGUGACGGCAUGGAUCUAUCUUGAGAAUGUGGUUCAGUACCGGUAUGGGCGGGCUUCAAUGGAGACCUUUGCCACCUGUCUUGGGCGAGUUUGGGGCGUCCAGCAACUGAGAGAGGUGAGAGAGGGAGUAGUGAGUGACAUGAUGCAGUCAUUGAUCCGGAGGAUGACGAGACUUACCCUGCAGCAGGGGUUGAUGAAUGCUGUGUCCAAGGUCAGUGUAUGAUUCUUUCCAGCGGGAGGAAUGCAGCUCGUUAUUACGUUUCCCGUCCAUGUUUACAAUAUAUAACUAUACAUCCCCAGUUCUUGUUCAUGUCAGCGUAAACUGAAAAGGACCCCCCGAUGCCCAUCUGCUCACUGCAACCUCCUCCUCCUGUCGUCUAGCCCGACGCACUAGAGACGUCCAGUUGUGUGAUCUAUGGGGUGGAUGGCGAUGGGUGUGGGGGGCGCAUGGGGCAGCCUUUCGUUCUUGUAAUGUACUCAUAUGUGUUCCCGAAAGAUAGGAGCGUCGGACUGGGGCUAAUAAUACCUGUGAGGUAAAAACGGUUACUACGUAAGAGCCUGGUUGCAGAUGAGAGUCAGAAAGUAUUGCAAGCAUAUCGGUUUGUUGGGUUAAGGGUCUUGUGGGGGGGGGAGGGGGCUGGGGGCGGGGGGGGAGCUAUGUUUCAUGGGGGCAAAACCGAGGUGGAGAGACUGGGAUGAGGCUCCGAACUUUCACCUCUACGGCUGAUGCCAAGUGUUUGAAUAGACGACUCGAGAGUGCACAGUGCAGUAUUUGUAGUAGGGACCAGUCUUCUCAAGGGAACUGGUCCCACUGCAGUGCUUGUGUAUUAGGUCCUGUGCUGCAGUGUUGCUUCAACCGGUUUUGGUUCAAGUGGUCAUCUUCUUUUGUCGGAAGCCUUUUUCAGGACGGUGUCAGAGUGUGCAUGGAGGCCUGUGCAAGCUGAGAGAGAGAGAGAGAGAGAGAGAGAGAGAGAGGUUAACAGUGAGAGUGCAGUGUUCGGUGUCGUGGGUGAUGAUGUAUAUUCUUAAAUAUCUUUUCCAGCCAAGAAAAAGAACUCCCAUCUUGCAUUGACAUAGAAUAAAUUUUAAUAAAAUGA